GGGGAAUUCGGUGACGACCCUCGAGUGUCCUACGAGCCACAAGAAACCACUGGACAUCAGGAGGAGCAGAGUUUGCUGUGGGGCAUCAUUGUGUCUGUUGCUGAACUUCUGCUCGAAGGCCUCUUGCUGUAGGAGGCAUGCCAAGAAUGCUGGAGUACGAGCGCCAGAUGCUGCUGGAGGCAGUCGGCGUCAACUGUCUGAUGAUCAGCGCCGCUGGUCUCGACAUUGAACGCGUCCUUGAAGCCCUUCUGCGCUCCCACCUUGACCCCCGCAACCUUGUAUUGGUGGUUGGCACCGGAACUGAACUUGAGCAACGCCUGGCUGACGCUCUCGGCGUCCCUUCGAAUGCCCAGAAGGUGAACUAUGACGAGGGUGGCGUCGUCUUUGUGACUGCGAGGGUCCUCGUUGUAGACUCUCUGAGGGAUCGCGUGCCUCUGGCCAAUGUCACGGGGAUUGUGAUGCUGAGGGCGCACGCCAUUCUUGCCCAGGAAGCCUUUGCAUUGCGCCUCUUCCGACAACGCAAUCCCAAUGGGUUUAUUUUAGCCGUUAGCGACGCCCCGUACCGCUUCUCAUCGCACACAGUGCGAAAGGUCAUGCGCACAACCUUCUGUGAUAAUCUUUUCCUCUGGCCUAGAUUCCACUCUGUUGUGGUGAGUGCCCUGAGCGUCGCAUCCCCAGAGGUGAUUGAGCUUCAUGUAAAAAUGACCCCAACCAUGGUUAAAAUCCAAACUGCCCUUCUGGAGCUGCUCUCUUUCUGUGUGCGAGAACUGAAACGAGUCAACCCCGCACUUCUGGACGAUCUCAAUGUUGAAGAAGCUCUUGCUGCCCCUCGAGUGUUGCAGCGCCUGCUGGAGCCAAUUUGGCACCAGCUGGGCCCCAAAAGCAGGCAGCUUAUUGCCGACGCGAAGACUCUGCGCACCCUCCUCCGCAGGCUUUGCCAGUCCGACGGGGCUUCUUUUGUGGCUCAGUUGGCUCCUCUCAGAACUUCCGAGUACGCUCAGCGCAGUGCAGGGUGGCUUUUGCUACCUGCGGCCGAAUCGCUUUUUGUUCUGGCAAAGACAAGAGACGGAAACGAAAAAGAAAUUUGUCCAAAGUGGAGCGCCCUUGCAGAUGUGCUUGACGAGGAGUCAAAGGAAAAUGCUGAUACAAAGAUCCUAAUCCUCUGUGAAGAUCGCCGUACCUGUCGCCAGCUUCUUCAGUACCUGUCCCAGAAAGAAGUCACUCCUGAGGAAGAUCAGACCUUCUUUAUGAAAGGCCAGUGCCAUGUGUCCCUAGAGCCUCUGGUUUCGCCCCUAGAACAACUCCUAAUAGCCUUUGACCCUCAAAUCAUUGUCCUGUAUGACGCAAACAUUGUUGCCGUCCGACAACUGGAGGUUUUCCAAGCUCGACAUCCAGAGCCACGCCUGCGAGUUUACUUCCUCAUCUUUGGUGGCUCCGUUGAAGAGCAACUCUACCUCACCUCCCUGAGGCAGGAAAAAAACGCCUUUGAAGCUCUAGUCAAAGAAAAGGCAAUGCUGGGAGCAGGAGAAGUGAGCGUCGAGGUCGGCGUUGAAUCUGACAAGCAUGGCAUUGUUCUAGUGGACGUUCGUGAAUUUCGAUCGGAAUUGCCCAAUCUGCUGCAUCAGAAGGAAGUUCGUGUUGAUCCCAUCACUCUGAAGGUUGGAGACUACAUCGUCACUCGAGAUCUUUGUGUUGAGCGAAAAAGCGUUUCUGACCUGAUCGGCUCCCUGAACAGUGGUCGUUUGCAUAAGCAGGCCACAGCAAUGCAACGUAACUACAAGAGGCCGGUGCUGCUCAUCGAGUACGAGUCCAAAGAUAUAUCCCGACUGCCCAUGCAAAGACUCCAACUGCUCACAAUGAUGUUCCCCAAACUCCGCAUCAUCUGGUCUCCAAAUCCUCACGCGUCUGCAGAGAUGCUGGUCGAACUGAAGACAGGCCAUGAGCAGCCCAGUUUGGAACACGCCGCCGCCUCCCAUCGCUAUGACACGCCACUGAUGCAUGAGCAGUUUGACACCACCAUGAAGGAGUUUGUGUCCUGCUUGCCUGGUGUCAACUCCAAAAGCUUGCGUCGAGUUUUGUGCCGAGGCGGAUCACUAGCGGAGUUGUUCUGCAAGAAUGAAAGUGAGCUUGCUGAUUUGACUGGCACCAAAAGUACAGGAGCUUCUUUGCACAUGGCCCUACACAAGGCCCUCAGUCCUCAUUUGCAACAGAACACCACCAGACCCAAGAAGCAGCCCCUCAAAAGAAAAUGGCCUUCGAAGAAAACUUAAUCGCUUAGUCCGGAAUGAAUGUUUGAAUUGCAUGAACUGGUUUUUUUUAUUUGUGCCGAGAUUAACACAAGAGCAUGAGCAAGUUUCUGCUUCCAAAAUGUUGUUUUAUCAAUAAAAUAAUUCUUAAAUCAAAUCUCUUUUUGAGUUCAGUGAGUUAGGGUGUUGUUUAAUGAGUGAAAAAUGGUAUUUAAUGCUUCACCACAGGUCUCUUUUAAUCAUUGACCACAAAUACAAAGCGCAAGACUUAUCUAAAUCUCAUUAUGUAAGCGAUGAGCAGCCGAACUAAAAAUCUCGCACAAGCCGCCUAAAUCUUAAAAUGGUGUCAGGAAAACACAAAAUAAUAAGAGCUCACAAAUUAAAUUAAAUUGCCAACUGACAAAACCCAUGAAGGAGACGCAACAAAAACAUUUCUACAAAAUAAUUGAUUCUCUGUAUUUCUGGUUCCUAGGGUGGUUGUUCACAAUCUUCCAUAUAUUUUUGUAUUAGUUACAGCUAAAACAUUUUUGUAAAACGUGUAUAAACAAAUACAUGAAAUGUCGAUUUAAUCUAUGCAAUUGCACAACCAUUGAAAGGUGAGCGAUCGAAGGUCAAAAAUGCUAAGUUACAAGUUAAGUUUCUUUACCAUCGUAUUUUUUCUCUUUAGAAUUUCUUUUAAAUCCUCUACGAACUAGAUGCAAACUCGGGCAUCUUCAGACUAUUUUCCACAAACAAUGUGAUGUCUUCACAUGUCACUAUUUAGUUUUGUGAUAUGCAUUUCAGUGUAGUUCAUUUUUCAGUGACGUCUUUCUUUCCUUAAAAUGCACUUUCCACACUCUUUUCUCCUCGCUCCGUCCAAAAUAUGCCUCUCAAUCUCGUCUGCUUGAAAUAAGGCACACCUAUAUUUUAGACAUUAGCAAUCAUGCUCCACCACGUUUUUGAGCCAACCAACUACAAGAUUGAUUAACCUUAACGUUAUCACUAACUUACGUUAUGAGCACAGAAUUUCAAGAUUGAUUUACUUUGCCAAAGGGAAAUUUGACAAUUUACAUACAAAGGAAAGAAUGAAAAGAAAUAUUUACAAAGUCCAUCGUGAACAGCCAAAAGAGCUCAUUUUGUGAUUUUUAUUGUCAGACCUUAAGAAAAAUUGUUAUGUGCCAAUAUUUCUUCAUUACGGAGGCACGAUGAUGAUUUCAAUUACGGAGACAGAAAAAUGAAGUAAUUAGGGCAUCUUACAGCCUACGCGUACUACAAACAAAUACUACGAAAAUAAUGAUUCCCAGAGUACAUACAAUUACACAGAAAAGUAUGCAAGUUUCUUUACACAUCAUUAUAGAGAUUUAAAAUAUUGAGCUGGGACGCCGUCUGGCAUGGAAAAGUCAAAGUUUGUCAGCUUAUGGCACUUGUGGAUUUUUUUUUGACAAAGCUAGGUAGGACACUUCCCCUCGGCAUGACUCCAGCAGAAAAUCUCAUUUCAAAAAUGCGCUGUACACACAACUUAGUUUCAAGGCACGAACUCAGCUGGCAGGAGUAGUUUUGCUUU